UCAUCGAUUGAUACCGUCGACACGCCCAGGUCACCUUAUCUCGUCACCUCCAUGGCGGGCUGCACACUCUCAGAGAGAUGGUCGAAGCAUCUGGAAUUUUAUAUUCACACAGUAACCUUCCUCGUGCGUGUCACCCUACUUCCUGCCGCCACCUCCAGCUUAGCCUUAACCCAGGUAGAGGACUGUCUUUUUCGCGUUCCUCGAGAGCCAUUGGAGGCGGAGUCAACUGUCUUCAGGGACAUGUUUCUUCUUCCCCAAGGUGACUCGGAGACAGUUGAAGGUCAGAGUGAUACAUCCCCAGUGAUCCUGCACGGUGUUUCCAAGAAGGAAUUUGAAAGCUUGUUACGAGCUCUAUUGAACAGACAACAUGGGAAACAGAAGGGCUCGCGUUUGGGCAAAACUCAAUGGAUUUCAGUUCUCAAGUUAUCAACGAUGUGGGAGUUCAAUGAGUUGCGUGAUGCCGCCAUCCAGCAUCUGGACUCGCCUUCCCAGCCUCUUGACCCAGUUAACAAAUUGGUCCUCGCUUCGAAGUACCAGAUCAAGAAGUGGCAACUUCCUGCUCUACUUGAGUUUGCCAAACGGUCCGAGCUGAUCAGUGUAGAGGAAGGGCGUCUCAUAGGAUUCGAGAACGCACUGAAGUUGGCUGCAGUGCGAGAGCAGUUUCAGAAGAUGAAGCUCUUGGAUGUUAUCGACAAAGAAAAAGAAAGUCGUACAUGCACCUCACUCGUACGCAAGGCCUUUGACUUGUAGUUACUAGUACAGUAUGUACCUGGGCGUGAUCGCCUUACAUUUGUACCUCUUUCCUUGACUGUCGAUAUCGAACUCCCAAGAGCACAAGCGCAUGUGCGGUUAGAUAUACUGAGCGAUUUUCCAUUACAAGCCCAUAUGUUC